GGCUUAAUGUUGUUGAACAUAUUUCCCUAAUGAGCAACUCAUGUUAUAUGCAUAGCAUCAAGUGUGAAUCUUGCCAUCCAUUUCCUCGCAAAACUGUACCAUUAAAACCCUAGUUAGUCUUUGAAGACAGUGCCAAGGAGAGGAACGACUCUCACGCUCCCUUCGUCAUACAGGCAUCCUCGAACUAGUCCUAACGGUCCCCGCCUCUUCGUCUUGCACCAGCACCUCUACGCGUCCUCAGCCAGUGUCCGAAAGGCGUAGCGGCGGCCAUGGCGGGGGCUUCGGCUACAUCGACUGUCUUUCGAGCGGUUUUCCGUGCUGGAAGGAGGCGAGGAUUCCUCACGUGUCUCCUUGUUCUUCUUCUUCUUCCUUUCUGGGUUUCUCUCAAGUUCCAGUACGUCUACCGUCUACGGCGUCACAGAGAGCCACUCCAGGAGACAAGUGAAAUGUUACAAAUACCGUCUAGUGCCACAGGUAAAACCGUAGAGAUACCCUAUGACAUCGCAAGCAAAAAGCCAGAGACGGCAUAUGACGUCACAAGCAAAAAGCCAGAGACGCCCUAUGACGUCACAAGCAAAAAGCCAGAGACGCCAUAUGACGUCACAAGCAAAAAGCCAGAGACGCCCUAUGACGUCACAAGCAAAAAGCCAGAGACGCCCUAUGACGUCACAAUCAAAAAGCUAGAGACGCCCUAUGACGUCACAAUCAAAAAGCUAGAGACGUCCUAUGACGUCACAAGCAAAAAGUUAGAGACGGCCCAUGACGUCAGUGUUAAAAAGAUAGAUAUGCCCUAUUACAGUGCAUAUAAGAAGCCUAAUACACCCCAUGGCGUCGCAGGUGUAAAUCCAGAUAUACCUUAUACUGUCACUGGCUUAAUAUUAAAGACACCCUACAGCGUCGCCAGAGAAAAGCCAACGACGCCUUUCAACGUCACAAGAGAAAUACUAGAUAUGCCGCGUGACGUCAUUGGCGAAAAGUUACCUGCCUCUGGGGAUGUCAUAAAGAACGAUGACGUCACCAACAGCAGAAGCAAAGACGAGAGCGAAAAGCCGGAAAAGAUCAUUUUACUGUGGAAGAAAUUUAGGAAGAGUCUCUCGGAAUGGCGAUACAUAUUUUCCAGGUCUGUAAAGAACACGUACGAGCUCUAUAGGUGUUUUUAUGAUUUUAAAUAUCCUAGCAAAUGCACGUAUGAGACACUGUGCCGCACAGGAUAAAACUGAUUUCACAUCCACUUCAUGGAAGUUCUUCCUCAUUUGAUUUCAAUCUAUUUUCUCUAUUCCUUAUAAGACCUUAUUGUCUUCGGGAGUACAUGCUUAUAAACACUAAAUUGAGAACAUGUACUUGAUAAACACUAGAUAGAGAACAUGUACAGCCAAUGCAAUGUUUUAUAAACGUCUAAAAAUGUCCUUCAAUGAAGUGAAUAUUGCAAAAUUUGGAUUUAGAGUCAAUGCAACUGUAGCACAUGCUCCAAAAUUCAUAGUAUUAAUAACGUGACGAUUCCAUGGCAUCGUAAAGAUAUGUAAGUAAAAUUAUACAAAUGAAUUCAAGCAGGUGUUGUCCUAAAUAGACUUGUCAGUGACAGUGUAAUUUCUAUAAUUUAAAUGCUUACGAUUUUGAUGUUUAUCUGCAUGUUAUAUGCAUUCAGGUCUAAAUUUUAAAAGGUCUGUGCUCUAGGCUAAAGAUGUACCAGCGAUGAUAUUUAGAAAGCAAGGCAGGAGGAGAGAACUAAAUGUUGUAAAAGACGAAAUGGGAAUAAAUAUAGCCUCGAGAUCACCGCAUUGGCGUGUCUGUUCCCCUUGUCUUCCUCUUCCAAGCGGCUUCACCCCUUUCCUCUGGCCACCGUCUUCGCUUUCCAGGCAGGAGAGGGGCGAGUGCGGGGGCGCGCCGUGCCGUGUGGUGUACGACGAGGCAUUCCUCCGAGAGGCCGACGCCGUAGUGAUCAGGCCGACCGUGCGUCGCCUGCCGCGCGCCAGGUCGCCGAGCCAGCUCUGGGUGCUGUUCUCCGUGGAGGCGCCGACACGUUAGUACUGCAUUACGAACAAAUGGGUGAAUACGUGGGGCAUGCGAGGAAGGGCAAGGAUGCAGCGGGAGCUCAUC